GAACGAGUCCCUUAUCAAUGGCGCUAUAGGGUUUAGCAAAGCCGAAGUGACAAACACUUGGAGGGAGCUACACCACCAGCAAGCACGCCAGAAAAUGCAAAUCCGCCAUUGACGACUGACCUGAAAACUCUCCUUCUCAGUCCCUCACCUCCCCAGAAAUGUUACAGGGCGUUCAUAUCAUCGGUCAUGGACCAUCAGAUGCCAAAUGUCUUCCGUGUUCUGGAAUUUCCGGAAGAGUAGCCCCUUUAUAUCCCUGCUCUUCAAGUUUCAACCAUAAGUCCAAGUCACAGGUCAGUUAUGGAUCACCAAAAGGUGCUUACAAGGGGGUAUCCUUUACGUGCAGAGCGAGUUCUGGUGGUCGUAAUAGAAAUCCAGAGUUUCCAAGGCAAAACAGACAUGGGUACUCCCGGAGCAGGAAUAGGAAAAGUGAAGAAAGAGAUGGCUUUGAUAACUUUGAUGAAUCUGAUAUGCUGUCUUCUAAAAAUGGGCCAUCGGUCUCCCCUUCAAGUAACACAAAGUUUGGGGCCACUGCAUCCCCUGGACCUAGAGAAAAAGAGAUUGUUGAGCUGUUCCGGAAGGUCCAGGCUCAACUUCGGGAGAGAAGUGCAGUUAAAGAAGAAAGGAAGGUUGAAGCUUCACAAGGGCAUGGUAAAGAGAAUGCGACUGUGGAUUCCCUCCUCAACCUGUUAAGAAAGCACUCGGUUGAGCAAUCAAAGAGAAACAGCAACAGUGGCAGCAGCAACAAGGACUUCACGUUGGACCAACCGGAAAAGAAUGCCCGAUAUGGUGAAAGAAAAAACACAGCUUCUUUUGAUUCAAAUAACAAAGCUCCUUUUGAUUCAAAUAACCUUUUGAAGGAUGAUGUUGAAGAACCUACUGCCUCCUUCAGCAGGCCUGCUUCGAAUUUCCAACGCAAGUCUCCCAUUCCUCGGUUAACAUACCAGGCCAUUUAUUCUGAGGAUGAUCACACAGGCCACUCGGUGCCACAUGUGAAUUCAACUGGGAAAAUAAAGAAGAAUCAUGUUGAGAGAGUUCCUCAACCAGAGCCUGAGCCUGAGCCUGAGCCACAGCUUGAGUUGGAGGCAGAACUUGACCCUAUGCCUGAGCAUGAUACUGAGUUUGAAUUUGAGCCUGAACCUGAGCCGGAGCCUGAGAUUGUUCAGUUGUUAGAGGACGAGACUUCAGAAGAUGAGAUUUUGGGUCCUGAAGAACCUCUAAUUGAAGACGAUGAGAACAAAGGAGAACGUGUUGAAAGUAGGGAUUUGAGUACAUUGAAGCUGCCAGAAUUGAGGGUACUAGCAAAGUCUCGAGGUGUAAAAGGGUAUUCGAAGAUGAAGAAGGUUGAGCUUUUGGAGUUGCUAAGCGGGAACACAGUUUGAUUUGUGAUGCAUGGUAUACCGCUGACAUCUUAAUAUAGUUUCAGAUAAAUUUUCACCAUUUUAUAUUCGGGCUUCUGAAUCGUUGUUGAGAAUUGAGAGUGUGUUUAGCUUUUCCAGUUUUGGAGGGUCUUUUUCGAGCACAGGAUGGUCUCACCGCGAUGGGAUUGGUCCUUUUUUUGUAUCUGUUUUCGUAGAGGGUUUUCAUCCUGUGGAAAAUAUAUCAGAUUCUGGGUUAUUGUAGCUUAAAUGUUGCUCUCUUUAAAAUUGGUGAUAAAAUUCGUUGUAGUUUCCUUCACAAACUACCUGCAUAUUGUGUUUUUACA